AUGCCGACUGAGCUACACGAUUUUAUUCAAGCCUGGCUCAGAAACACCGUGCUCUAUCAUAUCCAGCAAGGGUUGCUAACAUGUAAUGAAGCUAUGCAAUUCGAUACCGGGGUGGGAACAAAAUUCACAUCAGGACCAUACCAAAACUCUCGAAAGGAGUCCGAGUUAUUCGUACGCCCAGUACUUGCGUAUAUUCCAACAGUGGUGCUCGAGGUUGAGCACUCAGAGAGCCUAGAUAGACUUAAGCACGAUAUGAGGCUGAUUUUGGUUGGAUGUGAUAGAGAGACUAGUCAAGUGGACCAAGAACAGACUGACCCGUCGAGUCAAAGAAAUGUUUUUGGCGACCCUAUUUUACGACAGAGCGAGCAAGUCUUUCCUGUGCCCCCUAUCCCCGCCUCUCUCCCAGCCACUCUACCCGCUCCCACUCGUACUGGAGUAACAACCCGAGGUAUGGCCGCAGCGCGCCUACAGCACCCCAAUGCUCCUCCGCCGUUUCCAGCUCUCCCAACUACUGGGACUCAGCCGCUCAUGUUAAGCCGCGAGUAA